AUGGACAAUCAUGACACUCCCCUGAGCGAGCUCUGCUCCAUCUGCCACGUCAACCCCCCAAAAUACCGCUGUCCACGCUGCGCAACUCGAACCUGCUCCCUCCCCUGCACAAGACGCCACAAGCUCUGGUCCCAAUGCUCCGGCGUCCGCGAUCCAGCCGCCUACCUCAAGCGCAGCGAACUAGCCAACCCUUCCGCCUUCGACCGCGACUUCAAUUUCAUUUCGGGCAUUGAACGCACACUGGAGCGCGCCGAACGCGAUGUUGAGAAUCGCGGGAUUGACAUGUCGCAGGCCAUUGCGGAGGAAGAAAACGAAGAUACACCGCAGCCUGCUGCUGGGCAGAAGAGGAAACAUCCCGGUCAGGGACUGGUGAAGGGGGAGGCGGGUUUCUUGCGGGGAGCUGAGGCUGGGGGUGUGAGGGUUGUUCGGGCGCCGAGAGGGAUGUCGAGGAAUAAGAGUAAUGGGUCGAGGUGGCAUCCUAAGCACAAGUGUUUGAAUUGGUCUGUCGAAUGGAUUUCGCCGACUGGCGAGAAGGUUGUCAGGAAUUCUCUGGAGACUACCGUGCUCUCUGAGGCCUAUAAUCGCGCCUUCCCGCUCCCGAAGGAGGAUCGACCCAGCCUGAAUACAACAAAGGAAGAGAUAGAGGGGCAACAGGAUCCUGCGAAAGAAAGUCAACCGGAGGAACCCACAGCUGAAGCAGCUACGUCGGAACCAGCAAAGGAACAACCAGAGCAACCCCCAGCUGCAGAAAUAAUCGAGGCUCCCACCGAAGAGAAAACAGAGGAAAAGACAGAGCAGAAGGCACCAGAGCUACCAAUCGUCCCGCACCGCGAUCUCUACUUCUACGUCCACCGUCCCCGAACAGCAACGAAGAAACCCGUCCUAGCUCCGCUGCCACCAUCAGCUACGCUCAGAUCCGUACUGCGCGGACGCACGGUUCUGGAGUUCCCUACCAUCUACGCACUACCAGACCCGAGUGCGACAUUACUCACCGAGGACAGUCGCUUUAUUCUGGAAGAGGAGUAUCUACGAACGGCAAGUGCCGAAGAGCUCGACGACAAAUCUGCGGAGUCGGAGCUGGAGCGGACAGGAACUGAUAUGGAUUCCGGGCCGGAUUUGCAAAAUGUGGAUGAGAAGUUGAUUAUGGAGGUUUUGAAGAAGGAUCUUUUUGAGCCUAUUCCAGAGGGGGAGGCUUCAUGA